CCUCCAGCUGCACGGCCACUGCAGUGCUCCACCACCCCAGCGAUCGCCUCUCUAUGACAUCUCCAACGCGAUAGCCCAAACAUUCACCUCUUUGUCGCUGUCGUGCCCACGCCCGCUACCGAGUCGUCCGACCCCUCGACCUCGCCUUUCUCCCACCUCGCCGAGCCUGAUACCUCACGCCCCGCGAGCCGCUGCUCUCCCAUCCGCCCACCAUGGCAUCCUCUCCACGCGAAGACUCGGAUUCCAGCCUCCCGCUCGAGUCACCCUCUUCUCCUCCUUUCUCUCCCGACUCCCUACCAGACUCGCCGGCCGGCACGUCCAACGGCUUCCUCGAAUCCCCGCCGCCCCCCACCAUACGCUCAGUAUCCGCUUCCGCAACCACGGCGGGCAUGACUGCCUCUUCAACUCCGCUGGGCACCCUCAAUGCCGCAAGAAAUCCGAGACCACAACCAGCACCUACCAUAUCGAGCAGAGGGAACGGCCUCAAUGUCUCACAGGACAUUCUGGCGAGGAUACAGGCCGUGCAUCUUGGUCGGCAAGGUGCCCCUCCAACAAAUAGCUUCCGCCAACAGGCAGGGCCGGGUGGACAGAAUGGACUGAGUGGUCGGCCACUUCCAUCCUCCCAGGGUGGCCCUCUUGUCAUGCCCGGCGGCACUCCCAACUUUCGGAUGCCGCCUAGUGCGAAACCACAGAUGUCCACUUUCCAGUCUGCACCCGCCGUACCCGGUCUACGGAUAGGUGGGGGUAACAAACCGUCGUUGGCGGAGAAGCGUGGCCUGAAACUACCCGGUGGGCUUCCUGGUGCAGUUCCCUCGCCCGCACCGGCAGGGCGGAAGAAGCCCGGUCUCAGCCUCUCUCAGAUGAACGGAGACCAACCCACCGAGCAAUCAGCGCCUCCGAAGAAGCAAGAGACCAUGAUGGACAAAUAUGCUGAGUACAUAGACACAAAGACGGGCAGUCUGAGGUUCAAGGGCAAAGCUCUGAUAAACGCCGAUGGAGUCGAGUUCUCAAGCGGGAGUAGCUUUAACAUUUCACUGGAUGAGGUAGACACCUUGGAUGAGCUUGGCAAAGGAAACUACGGAACCGUCUACAAAGUCCGGCACAGCAGACCGAGAAUGCGAAAACCAGGCCAAGGCCUUGCUGGGAACAAAGCGGCACCUGGUUCGCCUACUCAGAAGUCAGCUACUGAUUCCACGGACGAUGCAAGCACUACGCCGACGAAACCUGCUGUUGGUACCGGCAUCAUAAUGGCUAUGAAGGAGAUAAGGUUGGAGCUUGACGAUGCCAAGUUUGCUGCUAUCAUCAUGGAACUCGACAUUCUGCACAGAUGUAUAUCGCCCUUCAUAAUCGACUUUUACGGAGCCUUCUUCCAAGAGGGCGCUGUCUAUAUUUGCAUUGAGUUCAUGGACGGAGGAUCAAUAGACAAGCUGUAUGGCGACGGCAUUCCUGAGCCAAUACUGCGGAAGAUCACACUGGCGACGACAGUAGGCCUAAAAAGCUUGAAAGAGGAGCAUAACAUCAUCCACAGAGAUGUGAAGCCUACGAAUAUUUUGAUGAAUACCAGAGGUCAGAUCAAGAUCUGCGAUUUUGGCGUGAGCGGUAAUCUUGUUGCUAGCAUUGCAAAAACGAACAUUGGAUGCCAGAGUUACAUGGCACCAGAGAGAAUAUCGUCAGGCGGGAUGGCACAGGCAGGCGCAAAUCCGGGAGGCGGAACAUACAGCGUACAGAGCGACAUCUGGAGUUUGGGGUUGACUAUCAUCGAAUGUGCAAUGGGGCAGUAUCCUUAUCCCCCAGAGACGUAUAACAAUAUCUUCAGUCAACUUAGCGCCAUUGUAGAUGGUGAACCUCCAGAUCUUCCGGCAGAAGGGUUCUCUGCUGAGGCUCGCAACUUCGUACACGGUUGUCUGAACAAGAUCCCCAAACUCCGACCUAGCUACGCCAUGCUACUCCAGCACGCCUGGCUUGCACCUCUCGUAAAACCUCCCACCAUCAUGGAAGCCGAUGAAGAGGGGGAGGAGCUAGCGGCAGACGACGCUGCCUCGCUUGAGUCUGCGAACUCAGACGAGCGAGGCGUCGUAAUAGACAAAGAGGUCGCCGACUGGGUCAAGGCCGCGAUAGAGCGAAGGAAGAACGGCACCAUGGGCAAGGGCGCCCAGAAACCAGCCCUACACGCCGCACCGCUGGAUGCCAUGGCGAGCCCUUCGCACGAUAGCCCCAACGGUGCCGUGGCCGCGCCCGAGGCUGUCGCUACCUGAUUUCAAUAGUCCUCUCUUCCCUGCCCCAGUGGCAUCUCCAGAACGCAGCUCUCCUGUCUUUUACCCGAGCACUGUACGCAUCCGAGCGAGUCUUGGACGCCAGGUUCUCGCUUCUCCCCUUGGCUUGCUCUGUUCUAUACUUCCCUUAAGAAACAUGUGUCUGACACACACGGCGCCCUGGGUCCCUAAAUGUCAGCUUUUUGGCGCGGGCGUAGACUUCGUGUAAGCCUCGCGGAUAUAUUGUAGGCAAUGAAAGGGUGGGGUCGAUAGUGGGGUUGGGGUUGAUUGCAGCGUUGCAUGAGAUAUGCGGAAUGAAAAAUCGUAAGAGCUGCGUUUGAGAAAGUGAGUGAGUGCGUGAGAUGUGGGUAUGAUGUGAUGACAACUUAUGUAUAGCAAGUCUGAGGGGUUCAAGGGUUUCGGAGAAUAUGACGGGG